CUACUUAACCCUGCUUCAGAUGAUGAAAAAAUGCGCGAUCCCCAUCUCUCAUCGUCCCCGUCACACCACUACGACCGCUCCCCCUAUGCUUGCUGGGUUCACUGAAAUAUUAGUUCAAGUAGACCGUGCUUGGUCACCAUAAUAUUAAUCUUCAUAAGCAGGAGCAAUCAUACAUGAACAAAUCUC